GAAACUAAAAAGAAAAGAAAACGACGACCAUUUACAAUCAUAUAUUUUCCUCAAUUCAGUUUCCACCCUUUUACUCCUUAGCUCCGCCUCCGCCUCCCUCGUCGGAGUUGUCCUUAUCCACCAUCUUCUCCGGCGACAUCCUCGCCUUUAUCUCCAAAACCCCACUCCAACUUUCCAAUCCCCCAAUUCUCGGAACAUCCAUUUCAGCUCAUAGUUCAAUAGCUUACAGCUAUGUCCGGUAUGUACAGUACCAACUUCUCCCCUGCAAGAACUGCUUCUCCUCACAUCAGAACUACUCCCGAUGUCGACAGUCAGUACUUGUCGGAGCUACUAGCGGAGCAUCAGAAGUUCGGCCCCUUCAUGCAAGUUCUUCCGAUCUGCGGCCGACUUUUGAAUCAAGAAAUAUUGCGGGUUUCUGGAAUGAUGUCCAACCAGGGUUUCUGCGACCUUGAUAGGCUUCGGCAUAGGAGCCCUAGUCCAAUGGCUUCUUCAAACCUUAUGUCUAAUGUUAGUAGUACAGGUUUGAGUGGCUGGAAUGGUCUUCCUCAGGAGAGAUUAAGUAGAGCACCUGGGAUGACAAUGGACUGGCAAAGCGCACCUGCAAGUCCUAGUUCACUCACCGUAAAGAGGAUUCUACGUUUGGAAAUACCCGUUGAUACUUAUCCCAAUUUCAAUUUUGUAGGGCGGCUUUUGGGACCUCGUGGAAAUUCCUUGAAACGAGUGGAAGUUACUACAGGUUGUCGUGUAUACAUUCGAGGGAAAGGGUCAAUAAAGGAUCCAGACAAGGAAGAAAAAUUACGGGGACGACCUGGCUAUGAGCACUUGAAUGAACCGCUGCACAUCUUGAUUGAGGCAGAUUUGCCAGCCAAUGUUGUUGAUAUACGGCUCAGACAGGCACAAGAAAUUAUAGAAGAACUGCUCAAACCUGUGGAUGAGAGUCAUGAUUACAUUAAAAGGCAGCAGUUACGUGAACUCGCAAUGCUAAAUUCAAGUUUCAGAGAAGAGAGUCCAGGACCUGGUGGCAGCGUCUCUCCUUUCAACUCAAGUGGUAUGAAACGUGCCAAAACAGGUCGGUAGGUGCUCAAUAUCAUUCCGUACCAUAAACAAUUUCUACCCCAGUCCAAAUUUCGGUCACUUAUAUACUGUGAAGUGAAUCAUGACCGACCGUGUGACAUAGCUACGAGAAAGGGGAGGCUAACUUCAGUUCCUGGCGAGCCUUCUGUUGGCUUUUUUCUUUGUGUUCCCUUUAAUAUUCUUGACAGAUAGACUGGAAAAAAGUUGAAAAAAAGAAAAAAAGAAAAAAAAAACAGGGGGUGAAAAGGAAAAAAAAUUGUUAGUAAUAGUAGGGAUGGUUUUUCAUGUUGGGUGUAGGUUUGAAUAGGUCAGUUUUUCCAACAAAGUUAAUAUAUUCAUUGGAUUUAUUCUUGUGUUAGUGACUGCCGAGGAGUGUGUAGUUUUAUUGCAUUAUUGAUGCAAAAACCUUAGGAAGUGAUGAUGAUGUAAUACUAUUUGAUAUUUGUUAGGUGUUGUAUGCAAUGUCAAUGUCAAUUAUAUUUUUGGACUGAUAUAUGAAAGAACAAUGCAAAAACUCAUACAAAAGUGUUUGCUCA